AUGCCGGUGAGAAUGGCUGCUCUUCUUACUCUGGUGAUUCUGCUCAUGAUACACAGGGUUUGUGGACAGUGUUGGUAUGUGAAUUACACACCAUCACCAUACAUUUGUGCACUAAGGGGUUCAACAGUGAGUACGACUUGCUUUUACCCUACUGGAUAUCAGAUCGAGGAAGUGUUCUGGACCACGUCAAAGAAUGCAAAACUUUCAGGCCCUGAAAUAAGCCAAUGGGAUUGCUCUUCGGGAAAUCAAGAAAACAGCUACUGCCUCCAUAUCAGUGAGGUGACACAGGAGGAUUCAGACAACUACUAUUGCACAUUUGUUUCUUCAUGGGACAAUAUAUUUAGUGCAACUCAAGGAGUGCGUCUCUCUGUCACAGAUCUUCAAGUGGAGUCUCCUGAGAGAGUGACAGAGGGAGAUUCAGUCCGUCUGACAUGUAGAAGCAGCUGUAAACUGAUUGACACACCAAUAUUCAUCUGGUACAGAAACUCAAAGCCAUUAACACAAGGGAGUAUUCAAAAUAAACUUGUCUACAGUUCAGUCAGUAGAGGACAUGCGGGCGGAUACAGCUGUGGUGUGCAGGGACAGGAUUACAUCUCUCCUACUGUUUAUCUCAAUGUCAGAUACAAACCUUGGAGUGUCUUGGUCUCCAUUAGUGAAUCUGAUGUAAUAACAGAGGGAGAUUCAGUGACUCUGAGCUGCAGCAGCGACUCAAACCCUCCUGCAGCAUUAUUAUGGUAUAAAGGAGUAGAAUAUAUUAAAUCUGGAAGAAUCUUCAGCAUCCUAAUGAUCAAAUCUGAUGACAGUGGAGAAUACAAGUGUAGAGCCAUCAAUGAGCAUGGAGAGAAAUACUCUGAUCCGGUGACUUUAGAUGUCCAGUAUCCACCCAGGAGCGUCUCAGUGUCCAUUAGUGGAUCUGCUGUAAUAAUGUCUGGAGAUUCAGUGAGUCUGAUGUGCAUCAGUGACUCAAACCCUCCUGCUCUGAGCUUCAGCUGGUUUGAGGAGAAUCAAAGCUCAGCUGUUGGAUCUGGACAGAGUUUCAGUGCAGUACAGAGUGGACGCUUCUACUGUGAGGCUCACAAUCCACAUGGAGCUCAGAGAUCAGACGCCGUCACUGUCACUGUUCAGCAAGGGAUGUAUUUGGUGUUUGUGAUCGCAGCAGCAUCCGGAGGAUUAUUCAUCAUCAUCAUCAUCAUCAUCAUCAUCAUUGUACUUAUAGUUCAAAGGAAAAGGAUACGUCAAAGAUCUGCCGUACACCAGUAUGAGAACAAUUGUCCUGGUAUAAACAGAUACGCCGCUCUUGACCCCAACUCCAGAUCUCCAGACCAGUACAACAUGCUCAGUGCUGUCCAUCCCAGACCUGCUCUUCACCAGUCGGGCCGUUCAGAAUAUGAGAAUCUGUCAAGAAGUGGUUAAUCACCAAGUCUAUUCAACAUAAUCAAGAAAAAAAGUCCACUUUCCUCAAGUUAUUCACAGUUAAGAAACAUCAACAGUUAAGAAAUUAAUACUAAGCAGCUACCAUGUUGAAGAAUACACGCACUUCACAGCUACCAAUGAAAAGGAAAAUGCAUCUUUAGAGUUUUAUUGUGGGAGUGUGUUGGUGUUUCUUGUACUGUAGAAAGUAAUAGGUUAACUGAACAUGUGACCUCAGUCUGUAAUGACUGUGUAGUCUAAAUAUUAAAUGAUCUUUUCAUUGUCAAGUCAAUGUCAACACUGUUCUUUUUGCAAAGUUUGCAAUAAAUUACACAACUGACACAUUUAAAACUUGUAUAAACAUUUGUCUACAAGAAUUUUGGAUGUGUGCAUGUUGAU